AUGUUGCCGUUUAAAAACGCAAAUAAGGAUUUAUCCGAAGAAACGUUAAUGAAACUUUCAAAUUCUUCAACUACUAUCACUACUUCAGCUAUGGAUAAUGAAUCCUUAUGGAUUGAUGGAAAAUGGAUAAAAGAUUCUACUGACC